CCGUGACUCGCGUGGUUCGCCAGGAAGAGAACAUAAUCCUGCCGCCGUCCAUCAGGGCUAAUUUCAGCCCGAUGGCAGCUCAAUUUUAGCCAGCCAGCGCUGCAACACGACGCGGCCAAUCAGAUGCCGCCUUGGCACGGAAGCAGCCAAUCAGAAGCCGUCAUGGCAUAAAGCAGCCAAUCAGAAGGCAGCGCCCAGUGCGUAUUACUUCGGACGGCUGCACGGCGGCCAUGGACGGGACGAGUCGCGUCCUUUAAUGUGCCAAAACUUCUAGAAGUUUCCUCUCCACACGGAUCUGCCCCCAUGGGGGAAAUGGAGGGGUCAUACCGGACCCUGCAGACCCCCGGCACCAGGCUGGGGGCCCAGUUCAACGCAGGUAUCAGCACGUUGGAGCCGGGCCAGACCCUCAGCGGCUACAUGGUCAGCGAGUCCAACGGCCUGGCCCGCGGGCUCCAAGUCCGCGUCCAAGGUCUGGACGAGUCCCAGGAGUUCUUCGACCUGGACACAAAGGCGUUGGGGCAGACGCUCCUCUCGGAGGUUUUUCUGCGAGGCAACCUCAUGGAGAGCGACUACUUUGGUCUGGAGUUUCAUAACACACAGAUGAACUGGCUGUGGCUGGAACCCACUAAACUCAUCGUGAAACAAGUCAGAAGACCAGCAAAUACUUUGUUUAGACUCUCAGUCAAAUUCUUUCCUCCAGACCCCGGUCAGCUUCAGGAGGAAUACACCAGGUACUUAUUCUCCCUGCAGAUGAAAAGGGAUCUGAUGGAGGGACGCUUGAUUUGCACAGAAAACACCGGAGCCCUGCUGGCCUCUCACCUGGUGCAAUCUGAGAUCGGAGACUACGAGGCGGCGGCGGACAAAGACUUCCUGAGGAACAACACUCUGCUGCCUUACCAGGAGAAGGUGCAAGACGCCAUCAUGGACUUCCACCGCAGACACCAUGGCCAGACCCCCGCCGAAUCCGACUUCCAAAUCCUGGAGAUCGCCCGCAAACUGGAGAUGUACGGCGUGCGCUUCCACCCGGCGGCCGACCGGGAGGGCACCAAGAUCAACCUGGCCGUGGCCCACAUGGGCCUACAGGUGUUCCAGGGCCACACCAAAAUCAACACCUUCAACUGGUCCAAGAUCCGCAAGCUGAGCUUCAAGAGGAAGCGCUUCCUGAUCAAGCUGCACCCAGAGGUCCAUGGCCCCCACCAAGACACCCUGGAGUUCAUGAUGUGCAGCCGGGACCAGUGUAAAGUCUUCUGGAAGAUCUGCGUGGAAUACCACUCCUUCUUCCGUCUCUUUGACCAACCUCAACCCAAACCCAAAACUAUACUUUUCACCCGAGGCUCUUCUUUCCGAUACAGUGGGAGGACACAGAAGCAGCUGGUGGAGUUUGUGAGGGAAAAUGGAGCGAAGAGAACACCGUACCAGAGGAGGAACAGUAAAGUGCAGACGUCAUCUCGCUCCCUCACCAUCGAUGUGCCAAAACAGAGCGUGCCAUUCAGCGAGCGUCACAGGACCAUGGGCUCCACCCCCGCUUCCUCCGUCUCCUUCCACGUCCCUGACGUCAGCCCGCGGAAAGAACACCACGCUCAGCAGACUCCGCCCACCUCUCCAGCAUCCUCCCAGCCGCAGCAUCACUCCCCGAAGGAAGAACCCGCCGCCGUUCCCCCGUCUCACUUCGCUUUCCAAGACACGACGGUGGACUCCCCGCAGCUCUCGCCCUCGGACGCCGCCAAGGGUCCCCUCUGCCUGUCGCCCUCCUUCCAGAUGUCCACGCUCAGCCUGCCGGGCCAGGCCUCCUCGCCCUUGCAAAGCCCCGCCCCCAGCGAGGUGGGCAGCAAUGGCAGACUGGAGGAGGAGGAUGAGGAGGGCAGGAGGAAGAAAAGCCCCACUGACAAGGCCUACUUUAUUGCCAAGGAGAUUCUAACCACGGAGAGGACUUACCUGAAAGACCUGGAGGUCAUCACGGUGUGGUUCCGCAGUGCAGUGAUGAAGGAGAACGCCAUGCCAGAGGGACUGAUGACUCUGCUCUUCUCCAAUAUGGACCCCAUCUACGACUUCCACAGAGGCUUCCUCAAGGAACUGGACCAGCGUCUGGCUCUCUGGGAGGGGCGCUCCAACAGCCAGGUGAAGGUGGACUACCAGAAGAUUGGUGACGUGAUGCUGAAGAACAUGUGUGCUCUCAAGGAGCUGACAGGCUGCCUGCAGCAACACGACCAGGUGCUGAGCGAGCUGGAGCAGGCCAGCAGGCGGGUGAAGAAACUGGAGGCGGUCUACAAGGAGUUUGAGCUGCAGAAGGUGUGCUACCUGCCGCUCAACACCUUCCUGCUCAAGCCCAUCCAGCGCCUCAUGCACUACCAGCUCAUCCUGCAGCGCCUCUGCACGCACUACUCGCCCUCGCACCCUCACCACCACCACUGCAGGGAGGCCCUGAAGGAGGUGGCCGACAUGACCACGCAGCUCCAGAGCAGCCUCAUCCGGCUGGAGAACUUCCAGAAGCUGACGGAACUGCAGCGAGACCUGAUCGGGGUGGAGAACCUGACCGCACCCGGCAGAGAGUUCAUACGUGAGGGAUGUCUGUACAAGCUGACCAAGAAGGGUCUGCAGCAGAGGAUGUUCUUCCUGUUCUCAGACAUGCUCCUCUACACCAGCAAGGGUGUGACGGCCACCAACCAGUUCAAAGUUCACGGCCAGCUGCCCCUUCACGCCAUGAUUAUCAUAAUCCUGGACGCACCGGUGGAGGAGAGCGAGAAGGAGUGGUCGGUGCCUCACUGCUUCACCAUCUACUCCGCCCAGAGGACCGUGGUGGUGGCCGCCAGCUCCAAGGUGGAGAUGAGCAAGUGGAUCGAGGACCUCAACGUGGCCAUAGACCGGGCCAAGAAGUCCCAGGACAAGUCCGGCCUCUUCCUGGACGCCAGCCUGGCCGACCACUCCAACCGGUCCUCAGACGAGGUGUCGGUGGAGCAGGAGUCUGAGGACGACAUGAACUCCUCCCACACGUCGCUGGACAAGCAGACGCACCACCGCGCCAACACCACCAUGCACGUGUGUUGGCACCGCAACACCAGCGUGUCCAUGUCUGAUCACAGCCUGGCUGUGGAGAACCAGCUGUCCGGUUACCUGCUCAGGAAGUUCAAGAACAGCAACGGCUGGCAGAAGCUGUGGGUGGUCUUCACCAACUUCUGCUUGUUCUUCUACAAAACCCACCAGGACGACUUCCCGCUGGCCAGCCUGCCGCUGCUGGGCUACACGGUGAGCACGCCCGAGGAGGCGGACCACGUCCACAAAGAUUACGUCUUCAAGCUGCAGUUCAAGUCACACGUCUAUUUCUUCCGGGCCGAGAGCGAGUACACCUUCGACAGGUGGUUGGAGGUCAUCAAGAGUGCCGCCAGCACCACCGGGCGCGUGGGCCUGCUCGCCCCGCCGGAGAUGAACGGGAACUGACGGGCGCUCUGGAGGCGGGGCCUCUGGGAACGCACCUUUUCUCUCCUCUAACCACACUAAUUUGUGGGCGUGGCCAAAAGGGAGGUUUUUUUCUCGCAGGACCAAGUGGAAGAAGGAAGCGCAGGUCGGACACGAGGGUGCAGAGGAAAGUUCCGGAAGGAGUCAGGACUUUUCUAAUCAGUAUUAACGAAGGCUGGUCCCGGGCUGGUGAGCGUCGACUACUUUCCUCCCCGCUAAUCGUUACUCACGUGCCGCGCCGCCAUCUUGGCCAGGUCACGUGACCGCGCCGUGGAAGUCAUGUGACCUGCCGGUGUCUUCUAUUUAUUGUGCAGCGGGUGUUUGUUUUUAUUCCUCCAGGACGCCCUCAAUAAAACCCUCAUUUCACACGA